AUGCCUGACUCCUUCUUCGCGGCCCAAAAAACGCGCAAGCGCAAGCGCUCGACGACAGCGCGCGACUCGGGCGGCCCCGCGAGCAAAAAGCCUACACGCACAGCGGGGGCGAAAGGGCCGGCAAAAGGGAAGGGCAAAGAAAAGGCGCGUACGCGGACGCGCGAUGAGGAGCUGGAGUCAGAUGGGACGCAGGACGAGGGCGUGGACGACAUGGAUCUGAGGGCGGAGGAGGUGGACCCGAACGAGAGCGGGGAGGAAGAUGAGGAGGAAACGCCUGCAGAGAAAAGGUUGCGGCUGGCGAAGCUGUAUCUCGAGUCGGUGAAGGGAGGUCUAGCGGAGGGCGAGUUCGACGCUGCCGAGAUCGACAAGGAACUCAUCUCUGCACGACUAAAACAGGACGUACUAGAACAUCAAGGGAAAGUGCACUUGUUCGUUGCCGACACAUUCGAUUUCAGUCGUUCGCCGCCAGUACUACGGACACGGGGACACCGUUUCUCUGUCACGUCUGCCGUGGCGUCCGAAAACGGUAAAUACAUGUACACCUCAGGAAAAGAAGGAUCCAUCGUCAAAUGGGAUCUUCACACCGGCUCGAGGCUCGCUUCCUUUCCCAAACUGCGGCCGCCAAAAGCUGAGGCGAGCGGUCACAGCAAAAAGAAGGGGAAGGAGAAGGCAGGCCCAGCAGACAUUAACGGACAUACGGAUGAGGUACUGACUCUUGCGUUGAGCGGAGAUGGAAGAUAUCUCGCGAGUGCAGGCAAGGACCGGAGAGUGGGUGUAUGGGACACCGAAAAGGACGAGUGGGUCAAAGGAUUCGGUGGACAUCGAGACACUAUCUCAUCAAUAGCGUUCAGAAAGGGCUCGCAGCAAUUGUACACUGCGUCUUUUGACCGGACAAUAAAAUUAUUCGAUCUAUCUGUGAUGGGGUAUGUUGAGACGCUAUUCGGUCACCAGGAUUCCGUGCAGGCAGUAGAUGCGCUACGUUCGGAGACAGCCGUCAGCGUUGGAGGGAGGGACAAGACCGUGCGAUUUUGGAAAAUAAUAGACGAGACGCAGCUCGUAUUUCGCGGUGGAGGGCGGAGUGCAAUCCGGGAGUUGCUUGAGGGUGGGGCCUUGGAGGGGCUAGAGGAAGACGAGGAAGGUGCAGAAGGAGAGGGGAAGAAAAAGCCAAGGAAGGAGGGUAAAAAGUUCGUGGAAGGGAGCUUGGAGUGCGUAGCGAUGAUUGACGAGUCGACGUUCCUGAGUGGCGGCGACAGUGGAUCAAUAUGCCUAUGGACAACCCAGAAGAAAAAGCCCAUAUUUACCCAGGCUGUCGCGCAUGGUCUCAACGAGACACCCUCUGAAACGGAAGGCGUCGUCAAAACUCCUAGGUGGAUCACUGCCCUUGGAUCCCUGCGAUAUUCAGACCUCUUUGCGUCUGGGUCGUGGGACGGUGACAUCCGGCUAUGGAAACUCGAUGCAAAAUUGAGAUCCUUCUCGCUCGUGGGCACGGUGUCUGCGCCCGGCGUGAUCAACUCGCUCCAGUUCAUCUCACCUCCUAAGGGAUCCUUCGAUGAUGUGCUAUGGGCGCGUCCCACAGACGGGGCAAAUGAUGAGCCGGUAAAAAAGGCGCCUGUUCUGCUGGUUGCUGGUGUUGGGCAGGAGCAGCGACUUGGGCGCUGGAUCAUCGUAAAGGAAGAUGGGGCACGGAAUGGGGCAAUUGUUGUAGCUUUACAGCAUCGGACGUUACUUUGA